GCCCCAUGAUCCUUCCAGAACUCGCCGGCAGAUCAGCGAGGCCAGUUCUCUACUGCAGCAUCAACUCACAACACUGAAAUAAUCAUUUAUACAAGUAUUUGGACUGCGUACUUCUCUUGCAAAGAUGUCCGCUUUGGGGACUCUCGCAUUCGAUGAAUAUGGCCGGCCUUUCAUCAUUAUUAAAGACCAAGAUACGAAAACUCGCUUGACGGGCCUGGAUGCGCUGAAGUCUCACAUCAUGGCUGCAAAGGCAGUGGCCACAACGCUGAGAACAUCACUGGGCCCAAAUGGACUUGAUAAGAUGAUGGUUGACAGGGAUGGAGAGGUAACAGUAACAAAUGAUGGUGCCACCAUCCUGAGUAUGAUGGAUGUUGAUCAUCAGAUUGCCAAACUCAUGGUAGAGCUCUCCAAGUCUCAAGAUGAUGAAAUUGGAGAUGGAACCACAGGUGUUGUUGUACUGGCUGGUGCUCUUCUCGAGGAGGCCGAACAGCUGCUGGAUCGUGGCAUUCACCCCAUUAGGAUUGCCGAUGGCUAUGACCGCGCUGCACAGAUUGCCAUCGCACAGCUUGACAAGAUCAGCGACAGCUUCCCUGUCGACCCCAACAACACAGAGCCCCUCAUUCAGACAGCCAUGACGACGCUAGGGUCCAAAGUGAUUAACCGUUGUCACAGACAGAUGGCAGAAAUUGCCGUCAAUGCUGUCCUGACGGUGGCAGACAUGGGAAGGAAAGACGUCGACUUUGAGCUCAUCAAGGUGGAGGGCAAAGUCGGAGGCAAGCUGGAAGACACCCAGCUCAUCAAGGGCGUGAUUGUGGACAAGGAGUUCAGCCACCCUCAGAUGCCCAAGGUCUUAAAGGACACAAAGAUUGCCAUCCUGACCUGUCCGUUUGAGCCCCCUAAGCCCAAGACCAAGCAUAAGCUUGAUGUGACCUCUGUGGAGGACUACAGAGCUCUUCAGAAGUACGAGAAGGAUAAGUUCAAGGAGAUGAUCCAUCAGAUCAAGAACACUGGGGCCAAUCUUGCCAUCUGCCAGUGGGGAUUUGAUGACGAGGCAAACCACUUGCUGCUGCAGAGUGAACUCCCUGCCAUCCGCUGGGUGGGGGGACCUGAAAUUGAGCUCAUCGCCAUUGCAACCGGUGGGCGUAUCGUGCCACGUUUCUCUGAGCUGACCCCAGAGAAGCUGGGCUCCGCUGGCCUUGUCAAGGAGAUCUGCUUUGGUACAACCAAAGAUAGGAUGCUGGUCAUCGAGGAGUGCAAAAACUCCAGAGCUGUUACGAUUUUCAUCCGUGGAGGAAACAAAAUGAUUAUUGAGGAGGCCAAGCGUGCCCUUCACGAUGCCCUGUGCGUAAUCCGUAACUUGGUCCGGGAUAAUCGUAUUGUGUAUGGUGGUGGUGCUUCAGAGAUUGCCUGUUCUCUUGCUGUCAACGAGGCAGCUGAUAAGUGUCCCUCUCUGGAGCAGUACGCCAUGAGGGCGUUUGCUGACGCUCUUGAGGUCAUUCCCAUGGCACUGGCUGAGAACAGUGGCCUGAACCCCAUCCAGACUAUGACUGAAGUCAGAGCCAAACAAGUGAAGGAGAACAACUCUGCGCUCGGCAUCGACUGCCUCAACAUGUCUACUAAUGACAUGAAGCAGCAGCACGUGAUCGAGACACUGAUUGGUAAGAAGCAGCAGAUCUCCCUGGCAACCCAGGUGGUGAAGAUGAUCCUGAAGAUCGAUGACAUCAGAAACCCGGGCGAGUCUGAGGAUUGAGCGCUUUCUCACAAAAAUGUGUAGUGAAUCACCUUGUGCACUUGUAUCGGGAGAAAUGUGUCCAGUCUUUCAGUAUGUUAUUUAUCCUUUGAUACGUUGCUCUUAACAACUGUAGUGGGACCGAAGUCAUUAAAGUCUUCAUCUGUCA